AUGGUUAAAGAUGAAUCAGUGAAGGAUACUGGGAAAUUUCCCCAUACAGAAGAAAGUUUAACUUCAAAUAAAACUAUGGAAAAUAUAACUUUUGCAUCGUUGGGAGUCUGCAAAGAACUAUGUUUAGCUUGUGAAUCUUUGGGGUGGCUAAAACCAACAGAUAUACAACGUGAAGCUAUUCCUAUAGCUCUAAGAGGUGGUGAUAUAAUAGGCUUAGCAGAGACAGGUUCAGGCAAAACUGGAGCCUUUAUAUUACCUAUAUUACAAAGUUUACUAGAAAAUCAAAGUCGCAUGUACUCUGUAGUACUUGCACCUACUAGAGAAUUAUGUGUACAGAUAUCUGAGCAGUUUUCAGCCUUAGGAUCUUUAAUAUCCCUACAAGUAGCUAACAUUGUAGGUGGCAUGGAUAUGGUGAAUCAGGCUUUAUCUUUAGCAAAGAAACCACAUAUUAUAGUGGCUUCUCCUGGAAGACUAGUUGAUCAUCUAGAAAAUACUAAAGGAUUCAAUAUUAGUAGUGUGAAAUAUUUAGUUAUGGACGAAGCAGAUCGUUUAUUAUCAAUGGAUUUUGAAAUUGCACUAACAAAGAUUAUUGAAGCUUGUCCAAAAAAUAGAAAUACAUACCUAUUCUCUGCUACAAUGACAACAAAGGUAGCAAAGUUACAAAGAGUAUCUUUGAAAAAUCCAGUGAAAAUCUGUGUAAAUACAAAGUAUGAUACAGCUGAGAAUUUGUUGCAAUAUUAUAUGUUUAUACCAUUUAAGUUCAAGUGGAGUUAUUUGGUUAUAUUAGUACAGAAUCUGAGCCAGUAUACAGGUAUUAUAUUUACAAACACUUGUAUAAGCUGUAAACGAGGAGCUUUAUUAAUGCAACAGCUUGGUUUCAGCUCAGUUUGCUUACAUGGACGGAUGAAUCAGACACAAAGAUUAGCUGCUUUAAAUCAGUUUAAGAGCAAACAGAGACAUCUCUUAUUUACUACAGAAGUGGGUAGUCGUGGACUAGAUAUACCUCAUGUAGACUUUGUUAUAAAUUUUGAUAUACCCAUGUCAAGCAAAGAUUAUGUUCAUAGAGUUGGAAGAACUGCCAGAGCAGGACGUAGUGGUAAGGCAAUUUCACUAGUAACUCAGUAUGAUGUAGAGAUGUUCCAAAGAGUGGAAUUUGCCCUAAAUAAAAAAUUAGACGAGUACAGUGAUAUUAACAAAGACCAAAUGAUGGCUAUACAUGGGAAAGUACUUGAAGCAUUAAGAAUUACAGAUAUAGAACUUAGCGAGUCCAAUGAAAAGAGUAAUCUAGUUGGGAGCCGUAAGACCAAUAAGAAGUAUAAAAGACGUUAA